AGGUCUCGGGCCAGAACCCGGACUUCUCGACGCUCAAGCGGACAGAAUGGGGGGACCGCAUCUCGAUCAGGGACCUUCUCAAGCUGGCCAACCCCCUCGGGGCCGAGGUAGUGCUGUCCGAGCGCGGCGAGGAGAACAUGCCGCGGCGGGAGCGGGGGGGCAUCCUCGCUCUGAGCAUCGAGUACUCCAACUACGCGCCCUUCGACUUCUGGGGCCGGUCGGCGCCGCACUACGUGAUCUCCGGCAGGCUGCUGCCCAUGCAGUGGUACUACCAGUGGUACGCGGCGCCGUCGGAGGCGAAGGCGGCGUGGCCGGCGGACGGGAACAGCGAGGCCCCGCAGGACAGCGACAGGCGGCAGAUCGUCGGCCAUCAGGGCCUGCUGAUCACCGCCCACCUGCACGGGAGCGUGCGGAGAUUCGACUCGAUGAGCCUCCUCAUGGCCGUCGCAACAGCUGCGGUGCUCCUGGCCGUCGCCGGGAACGCCACCGACUGGCUGAUGGCUGUGAUCACGGACUACGCGAAGCGUUACGCGUUGCUGAGGUCCGACCGGACCUCGAGCCACGAGUUCAGGAGGCUGCAUGCCGCCGUCUCCUCCGAGCUGGAGACCAGGGCGGUGCCGAAAGAGGGCGCCCCCGGUGGCACCUCGGAGAACAGCGACGACACCUCGAGGGAGCUGCUGGUCCUGCUGCGUCGCCUGGAGCAGCGGCUGGCCGACGGGGCCAGCGGGGACGAGGGCCUCGACGACCGCUUCGAGCGGAGCCCCGCGGACGACGCGCACGUCCCUGGCCAGCGCCUGGAGACCCUCGGCGACGCGCGGUCUGUCGCCCUGGUGGCGCCCCUGUGAGAAGCGCGCCAGCCGCCGCCGAGCGGGAGGGGGAGG